UUGUAAUCUUGUAAACAAAAAAUUAAAAUUUUUAAGUUUAAUUCCAUGCCUUGAAUUAAUUGUGCCUGGUGAUGCAGUCUGUAAUUUAAAUUGGGUAUUAAUUAGGAAAAAUAAUCUUUAAGUUUUUCUUCCAUUUUCAGUAUUAAAUUGUAUUUAAUAUUUAGAUAAAAUGGGGGUAGAUUACUACAAUAUGUUGCAGGUAGAUAGAAAUGCAACAGAUGAAGAUUUAAAAAAGGCAUACAAAAAAUUGGCAAUGAAAUGGCAUCCUGAUAAAAACCCAAAUAAUAAGAAAAAUGCUGAAGCCAAAUUCAAGGAAAUCUCUGAGGCCUAUGAGGUACUAAGCGAUGAGAACAAACGACAACUGUAUGACCAAUACGGAGAAGAAGGUCUAAAGGACACACCGGGAGCAGGCUCUAAUGGUUCCCCAUACGAAAACAACAGAAGAAGGUUUAACCCUCGAAGUGCAGAAGACAUUUUUGCAGAAUUUUUUGGAACAAGUACUUUUGAUUUUGAAUUUGGCUUUGGAUCUGGAUCAGGAUCAGGAUCAGGAUCAUCCCCUUGUGGAAGACUCAAAAGAUAUUCUUAUGGUGAUGGUGGAAGUUUUGGCGGGACUGAGAAGAUGUAUCGAACCUAUAGUGAAGCCGGAACAAAGAAAAAGCCAGCUCCUAUUGAAAAUCAGUUGGCUUGUACUCUUGAAGAACUCUAUUCUGGUUCAACACGCAAGAUGAAGAUCUCUAGAACAAUUGUUGAUGCCAAUGGAUGCCAAGUGCCAGAAACAGAAAUCCUUGCAAUUGAAGUAAAACCCGGAUGGAAAAAGGGAACAAAGAUCACAUUUCCGGAUAAAGGAAAUCAGCAAGUGAACCAACUUCCAGCAGACUUAGUAUUUGUGAUUGAUGAAAAACCACACGACGUAUUCACAAGAGACAGCAACGACUUGAUAAUGACACAAAUGGUGAAUUUGGCGGAGGCCAUUGGAGGGACUACAGUGAAAGUUACCACAUUAGAUGGGCGAAACCUGUCCAUACCCAUUAGAGACAUGAUCACUCCAGAUUACGAGCUUGUGCUAAGUAGGGAAGGGAUGCCUGUUGCCAAAGAUCCUAAGGAUAGAGGUGAUCUGAGAAUCAAAUUUGACAUCAAGUUCCCAACAACCUUGACAUCAGAACAAAAAAAGGCUUUAAAACUCUGCUUUUAAAACCUGAUAUAUCCUUCAUCAGUCAAUCACUGUUGUCAAUGAAUUGGGAUACUGUAAUGUAUGUGCACAAGUUUGUUAUUAUAAGCAUCUCCUUGUCAGAAUUGAUACAUAAAAUCAGCUCAUUGAAUAUAUACCACUUGUACCAAAUGUCAAUAUGAAUUUAUGCAAAACAUCAAAACUUGAAAAUGUUAAUUCAUUCACUUUGAAAUUUGCUGAUAUUGUACAUGAAAAUCACAG